UUCCCGGCCUCGCCUCCGCAGCCGGCGGGAGGAGGCGGGAAGGCGGGCGGAGGCGGGGGAGGAGGCGGGACUACGGCGGGCCGUAGCUGGCGCCGAGCGCGGUGGGAGAGCAGCGGGUACCCGGCUGGCUCGGCUGGCGGCCUCUGCCCACACCUCGGCGCCGCAGCCCCGCUCCUCGCCCGCCCUUGGCUCCUGGCUCUGCGGCCGCCGGCCAUAGAGGAGCCGGCGGAACCCUGGACGACCGUGUCUGGAGUAGAACAGAAAAGUUACUAUGCCUGUGCUCCCCAGGGACCCUUUGGAACUUACACAGUGACGUCAUCUGGGAUUUAGCCUGGGGUGCGCAGCCUGGUGCCUAACAUGGAAGUAGAUGUAAAUGGGGAACCCAGAAGCACCCUGACCACCCUGCCCUUGCCCGUGGCUGAGGGGAGCUCUCCAGGAAAGGCAGAGGCAGAGAAACCCCGCUGCUCCAGCACGCCGUGCUCCCCCAUGCGUCGGACUGUGUCUGGUUAUCAGAUCCUCCACAUGGACUCUAACUACUUGGUUGGCUUCACCACCGGGGAGGAGCUCCUGAAGUUAGCCCAGAAGUGCACGGGAGGGGAAGACAGCAAGGGGGAAGCCGUGCCUCCCUUGCGCUCUAGACAGCUGGACGCGGGACUGGCGCGUUCCUCCCGUCUGUAUAAAACUAGAAGUAGAUACUAUCAGCCAUACGAGAUCCCAGCUGUCAAUGGCAGAAGGCGAAGGCGGAUGCCCAGCUCAGGAGACAAGUGCACCAAAUCCCUACCUUACGAACCCUACAAGGCCCUCCACGGGCCCCUGCCUCUGUGUCUUCUUAAAGGUAAGAGGGCUCACUCCAAAUCCCUGGACUACCUCAAUCUAGAUAAAAUGAGCAUCAAGGAGCCAGCCGACACGGAAGUGCUACAGUACCAGCUUCAGCACCUGACCCUGCGAGGGGACCGAGUGUUCGCUAGAAACAAUACAUGAAUGGCUUGCACAAGAGGUUCAACCACUUUAGGUCGGCCCAUACUCGGCUGGAGGAAAAUCUGCUGUCGUACUCUGUACAUGACCUUCACAUUAGAGAUGGUUAUAUCAGCUAAGUGUUCCCGGGACAGAAAAAUUGUCUGGAUCAAGUUUUGGAUACAGGAAUGAAAUCACAGGCACUUGGGGCGGGGCGGGGGGAAUAUCAUUCUAGAGCACGAAACUGCAAAGAAAACCGAAUGUUUGACCGUGAGUUUGCAUAGCUUUUUAGCUAGGAAAAGGCUUUGGUGCAGGAAUUUCACCUUUCCGGAUUCUGACACCCAAAUUGGGAAUGUUACCUGCUUGGUUGUUGCUAACUUGGUAUGACUCAUUAGGAAUUUAUAUUGAAGUACCCAGUGCUUCUUGGAUCUCUGUAUUUUAGUAUAAAAGUGUAUGUAAUGAUUCAUCUUACGAAAUUUAGAGCUUGAACACGGCUGAACUGGACCACUUUUUAUUUUUAAAUAUUGAGUUUAAAUAUUUUAUAACUGGUUUUGCACUGAAAACAAUUAACAUUUCAGAUAAUUAAGAGAGUAAUCUUUCUUCACUUGCCUCAGUGAUAAUAUUGAGCGAUGGAUUUUUUUUUUUUAAUUUCCGCAUGGAAAGUUACUGAUCUUUAUGGCUGUAAAAUAUUCCUUUCUAAGCAUUAUUAAAGUUGUGUCUUAAUAAAAUUAAAUUUGGGAUACAAAGUAUUUCUUUCAUGAUGGGUAGCGGGGUGGGGUGCUUUUCCCAGAAUGUUUCCGACUUGAAGUUUCCAUCAGUUGGAAACAUUUCCUGAGCGCUUAGUAUCAAUUUAAAUUCCACGUGGAGCUUGAACAUGGGAGGAUUCUCCCCUGGGCUGUCGGCACAGUGCUGCUUGUAUUCUCACUUCUUGUAAGUUGACUCUAAUUCUAGCAGAGGAGCUCCUGACUUUGACUAUCAAAUGCUUAAACUAAGUCUGAAGUGACACCACUCAGCCCAGGGUCACCACUCUGUGCAGGGUGAUUCUCAUCAGAAUUUUAGUUUCCGGAUUAGCCUAGGAGCCUAGCAUGCUCCUACUGUUUUAAUGGGCUAAUCCUGGAUUACCUAACAGUUUAUGUCUGUCACACUGGUUUCGUUUGUUGCUAAAGAAAUAAUUCCUUGACUUUAGUAACAGAAGCAGCUCAACGAUUCUUGACCAUAAAUGUGUGUAACUUUCCUUCUGUAAACAUUUCUGUUUCUUUUACUCAGUCUUAAAGGUGCAAUUUAUUACUGAUUUGGCAAUUCUGGCUAUAUAGGACUACAUAUUUUAUGUUUUCUUUGGGGGCACUGUGAGUUUCUAAGGGGUUAGCAGUCUUGCUUAUAAAACAGGAACACUUUUUAAUUGACGAAUUGGGCCAUUCCUGGAACAAUCAUAAUUUUUCCACUGUCCAGCAUGGAUGGCAACCUUUCCUUAGAGCAGAAUAACUCUUAGAAACCCCAGGAGCUCUUAAUAGAGAGGCAGCCAUGUUGGCAACAUGUAAGAGGGAGCUCAGGAGAGGCUGGCUCCCAGCUUACUGCAUCCAUCCGAGUUUUCGGUGUCUGGAAAGUUUCUGCUGUUGUCUACUUUAAAGCAAACUGCACCUUUGUAACAUAUUGUACUGAUGAAUGGUCACUAAGAUUAACUCUAUCUAUACAGUCAUUAGUUUGACAAGUAAUAGAAUCCUGUCAGAUGCCAAAGAGUUGGGAUUUUUACCUUUAAUGAUUAAACACCGUUAUUUAUUGAUGAUUUACCCUCUGGAACUGUAUUGUUUCUAACUGAAAUAAAAGGGUGAUGUAAACACA